AAUGUGCUACACGACUGAAAAGAGAGAGGGGGAUACUGAAUAAGUGUGCGACAGCAACCUUUUUAGCGGUUUAUUCGUUACUCUCUCCGGCUGUCGCUAAUAGUGUGUUUACCACAGAUAUUGCAACCACCACACACCAUAUACUUUCUGUCUAACGGAAUAACUACAUCGUGUAUCCAAAUGUCCAACUUGAACUGGAAACCGUUCGUUUUUGGCGGUCUGGCGUCCGUCACUGCAGAAUGCGGUACAUUUCCUAUAGAUUUGACCAAGACGCGGCUGCAAGUUCAAGGCCAAGUGGGCGACAGCAAGUACAGAGAGAUUCGAUACCGGGGAAUGUUGCACGCCAUCGGCAGAAUAUGCAGAGAGGAGGGAAUAAGUGCACUUUAUUCAGGUCUCGCCCCUGCAAUGUUGCGCCAGGCAUCCUAUGGGACCAUAAAGAUUGGCACGUACCAGAGCUUCAAAAGACUACUGGUGGACAGGCCAGAAGAUGAGACGUUGUUGACCAACGUGCUGUGUGGUGUUCUGUCUGGAGUCAUCUCCUCGUCCAUCGCCAACCCCACGGACGUGCUGAAGAUCCGUAUGCAGGCUCAGGGCAGUGUGAUCCAGGGAAGCAUGGUGGGAAACUUCAUCAACAUCUACCAACAGGAAGGAACCAGGGGGCUGUGGAAGGGUGUGUCUCUGACAGCGCAGAGAGCAGCCAUCGUAGUGGGGGUGGAGCUUCCUGCCUAUGACCUCACUAAGAAACACCUGAUUCUGGAUUGUCACAUGGGUGACAACAUUUACACACACUUCUUGUCCAGUUUUGCGUGUGGUCUGGCGGGGGCUCUGGCCUCUAAUCCCAUAGACGUGGUCCGCACACGCAUGAUGAACCAGACAUGUGGAGCUGUCACCUACCAGGGAACACUGGACUGCUUACUUCAGACGUCACGGUCUGAGGGCUUCAUGGCACUCUACAAAGGCUUUUUCCCCAACUGGCUCCGUCUCGGCCCAUGGAACAUCAUCUUCUUUGUUACCUACGAACAGCUGAAGAAGAUGGAGGUCUGAUGGAGAAAAGGAAAUGUAGCACUGUGGAGAAGAGGAAAGAACUCAGCCAGAGAGGGGACGGAAUGGACUAAAAGAGGGGUGGACGUAUCCUGUCUAGCCUCCCACUUGUCUGGGUGGUGUCGACCACGCCCCCUCAGACGCAUUUCUCCUUUCUGUUUGGCUGCUUUCUUGAUGGAGCUCUGGUUGGCUGGGAAAGAGGAAGUGAAAGUUGAGGUCAAUUGCACCAUCAGAAAGCAAGGUGAUGCGAAGACCAUAAUUUUGAAACUAUGGCCCUAAAUUAUGUAUUUAUUAUUAUGUUUUGGAACUCAGUCGAGCCUCAACCGCUGGUAUCAUAUAAACACAAGACAUGGAAAAAUGUGGGUUGUGAGGUGGGGGGUUUGUUACUACGUUGAUAAAUUCCUAUUUUUCCGGACCUUUGCUACUUAGGAAAUUUGUAUGACCGAACCUUCUAAAAUAGUACUUGAGUAUCCCCUGAUGUACAGGAUCUCAAAUAAUGUUAAAAGCAGUCACUACUUACCUCAGAUUGUAUGGAUUUCAGAUGCCUUGGUGUGCGUUCUCUGGUUGCCAGAGGAACUGCCAAAAGAAGCUCUGGAAAAGACUGCUAAACUUUCUACAGAAAGUUUAUCUGCCAAUCACUAGUGGGUAGCAUAUGAUGCCAUUUACUCAAGGACUGGCCACUUUCUGAAACCCUAGAUGUCUGUACAGCCACUGGAAAGCUUAUAUUUGUUACGAUGGUUGGCUGUGGGUUUGGAUUUUGUAUGUCAGAGUAUUCUCUAAUUACAGAACUGGGUUGGUAGGACUUUUAAUGGGGCUAGUUAUAUAACCAGAUUAAAGAUCAGAGGUCAGGUGACCACUAACUCUCUCUCUCUCACACACACACACACACACACACACACACACACACAGGUUAUUAAUGCCAGGGUGAAUUGGCUUAGUGUAUGGACUCACUCAGUCAUGUGGGCACCCUUAGAACAAAAUUUCUUCAUUUCAGGGUGACCUGGCACAGUGUAUGAAUGACCUACACACAGUUAAUGGGGACGGUGUGUACGGACUAUUCUGGGUUCGUAUUAUAAAUACACUCUGGACAGCCUGAUUGGCACGCUGCCCCUUACGUCAUUUCAGGACCCCUAUCUCUGACACACACGCGGAGCCCCAGUUCUUACUAUGUCACAGCAGCAGAGACUCCAUAUUCUAUCCCUGUUCAGGUCGAGGUGUCCAAUCCAACCUAUUUAACAUUUAAUUUACAGGAUAUCUAUUAAACUUCCAGAGAGACCUGCCUGUAGUCUGACCCGGCCUAUGCAGUAACAGGGAAGUGAAUGUCAAGAGAGGUAGCUGUUGUAUGUUUAGCCAUUGCACCUGACUACCAAUGCCGUUCUGUGUGCUGGUGUUGUUGACUUGCCAUUUUAUGAUCCAAAGACACAGAACAAAUGUACAUGUCAACUAACUGUUAAUCCUCUAUUACCCUUCACAUCUUCUACUUUGUUCUUCACCGUUAUCAGUCUGUUAUCAGUUAGCUCGUUUGGAGGUGAGCUUGCUAAUUAUUUUUUAAUUUUUUCGAGUUAAGGUUGAACCUCGGAGUGUGUUCAUGUGACAAUAUGGUUCUUGUAUAUGGUUUGUUUAUAGCCCCCAAAGCCUUAAUUCCAAUGUGUCACUGUCAUAGCCCUGUAAAUAGUUAUGUUAUCCUGAUUUUAAAGCAAGGCAUA